AUGGCUACCGAGGGGGCACAGGUCGCUCCCACAGGCGACGCCGCCGCAAAGAAGGACCAGAAUCCCCAGGGCCAGACGAAAAAUCCCCCUCAAAAGGGCCAAGCCGCAGCCACAGAUGCCCCCGGCGAGAAGAAGCUAUCAAAUGCCGAACUGAAGAAGAAGGCUAAGGAGGAAAAGGCGGCCAGAAGGGCACAAGCAAAGCUUGCACAAGGCGCAGCAGCAGGAGCAACAACGGGGCCUGUAGGACCACAAGGAGCUGCUGCCGAUGCAAAAUCAGGCAAGGGCAAGGCCAAUGUCCCCAAGCAAGGUGGCCACCCGGUCUCGAGUCACCAGCGUUCAGCUUCGCGUGCCGUCCCGGCGCCUGCGGUGAAGGAAGUUGUGAAGCCCAAGAUCCCAGAAUGCUUCAGCCAUCUGUCCAUGGCGCGAAGGAUCGCCAUGACACAGGCGGACAAGGACGUCACUCCCACUGUUCUCGCCUUGGGACAGCAAAUGAGCACAUUCGAGAUUAGCGAUAGCAUCACUCGGCUCGAAGCCACGCUGCUGGCGUUCAAAAAGGUCAUUGAUGCGUACACCACCCCCCACGGCAACACAUUCUCCCGCCACUUCACGUCGCACUUCCUCAACCCUCAGAUCGAGUACCUCACAGCCUGUCGACCCAUGUGCUUCUCCAUGGGCAACGCCAUCAGGUGGCUCAAGCUCCAGAUUAGCAAGAUCGACAUUGAUCUGCCCGACAGCGACGCCAAAAAGGUCCUCUGCGAAGCCAUUGACAAUUUCAUCCACGAGCGCAUCACCCUCGCCGACUUUGUCAUUGCCAAGACGGCCGCGGACAUGAUUGAAGACGACGAAGUCAUCCUCACCUAUGCCCACCACAAGCUCGUCGAGCGUUCCCUCCUGCAGGCCAAGUCAGACGGCAAACGCUUCAAAGUUAUCCUUGUCGACGACCCCUUUGACCGCGUGGGACUCGAACACGCAAAGAAGCUGGCCGCCGCCGGCAUUCCCGUCACCUAUGCCUCCGAUAUGGGUGCUCUACGGUCAAAUCUGCAGGAGUCGACAAUGGUGUUUGCCGCCGCAGAGGCCAUGUUUAGCAAUGGCUCCAUGUACGCCCGCGCGGGCACCUGCGACAUUGCCACGGUUGCUACGGACUUGGGGCUCCGGGUGGUGGCUUUGUGCGAGACCAUCAAUUUCACGGAACGAGUGUCGAUUGACUCGCUCACCUACAAUGAGAUUGAUCCCGAGAGAAACACAGACGAGGGGUUCAGACUGCUGUUCGACACCACCAGAGACAAAUUCAUCUCCGUCGUCGUCACCGAGCUAGGCAACUCAUCAGCCAUGUCUGUCCCCGCCAUUCUGCGAAAGUUGGAAGAGCUGUAG